AACACUUCAACUCGUGGAAAAGGAGCUGGGAAAUCAAAUUAUGGAGGAGGCACAUUUUAUAUGACAAACCCAGGCAGCGUGCCACCUGCUUCAAAUUCUAGGCUUUCACCACUUCCACCUGAACCUGCUGAUUUCUACAAUGACCGUACUGCAACAGUCGAUAUUCCUCUGGAUGUCUCUAUGGAUUUGAAGAAGAAGGAGAAGGAGCUCCAAGCAAAAGAGGCAGAACUGGCUAGAAGGGAAAAUGAGCUUAAACGUAAAGAAGAAGCUGCAGCACGAGCUGGGAUUGUUAUAGAGGUGAAAAACUGGCCAGCAUUUUUCCCCAUAAUCCAUCAUGAUAUAGCCAACGAAAUACCGAUUCACUUACAACGGAUGCAAUAUUUUGCAUUUGCAUCAUUAUUAGGGUUGACCAUGUGUCUAAUUUGGAACAUUAUAGCAACGACAACUGCUUGGAUUAAAGGGGAAGGUGUAAAGAUCUGGUUGCUUUCCAUCAUCUUCUUUAUCUCUGGUGUGCCUGGUGCUUAUGUGUUAUGGUAUCGACCUCUUUAUAAUGCCAUGAGGACUGAGAGUGCUUUAAAGUUUGGAUGGUUUUUCCUGUUUUACCUGGUCCAUAUUGGUUUUUGCAUCUACGCCACAGUGGCUCCUCCGAUAUUCUUCAAGGGAGAAUCUUUGACGGGAAUUUUGCCAGCCAUAGAUUUAUUGGGUGACCAUAUUAUAGUUGGGAUCUUUUACUUCAUCGGCUUUGGUUUCUUUUGCCUAGAAUCGCUGCUCAGUGUCUGGGUCAUUCAGCAAGUGUACAUGUACUUUCGCGGCAGUGGAAAAGCCGCACAAAUGAAGCGUGAGGCCGCUGCCGGCGCCUUCAGGGCAGCAAUGUGAUUUUGAUGCUAUGUAAGAUGUUACAUAGCCGAGAACUCUGGUCAAUGCAUCUUCAUGUUUGUUGGCAACGGCAUGCCAUGUCUGUUGUGAAGUGCAGGCUUCUCAUCUCUGUUCAUAUUUGUUUGGUCUUUUUAUUCUACAUUUAAGAAGCUUAUUAUGUUGGAUGUGCUGAAAAUGGCUUAAGUAUCUGCAGAAAUUGGUCUUUUUUUUUUUUUUUUACUUUGGGUGAUCAAGUCAUUAAUAAGAAUACACAUUUUAGA